AUGACGCUCCCCGAAGAAGACGAGAAUAUUUUGUUCUCAACGCGCGUCGACGCCUCCCUCGUUCCGCUACCGCGCGCGACGCCGGGCGAGGCCCUCGACGAGGCUGCGCUCCUUUCGCUGUCUGAGCUUCUCGGCGUCCGCGACAUCCGCGACGACGAGGAAGUCUCCGCCGUCAUCUGGGACGCCUACGACCGCCUCCACACACAGUUCGCGCGCGCCUCCCCCGCCUCUUCGUCCUCCUCUUCGUCCUCCUCUGCGUCCUCCUCUGCGUCCUACUCUGCGUCUCCCUCUCCGUCUCCCUCUUCGUACUCUUCUUCUGUCUCUUGCUCAUCUCCACUGCCGGCUACGACUGUCUCCCCGACGACGGCGCAUGCGUUCUGCGACCCCGCGUUCGUGCAAGAUGGCUUCCGUGUGCUUUACUCGUUCGCCUUCGAGUCCGACGACCCCGCGCGCGCCCAGCAGGCCGCCGUCGUGCUGAGGGCACUCUCUGCGUCGCUUCUCCGCUGCUCGGCCUGCGUCGCGGCGUACGCGGCGGGCUGUCGACUCUUUCUCGCUUGCAUCCUUCGCGACAGGGGGGCCGCCGCCGCGGCGUGUGCGCCUGGCGACGCUCCCCCGCCGGCGCCGUCGCUUGCCCAAGACGAAGAGGAGCCGCACGUCCUCUGCGCGAGGCUGCAGAAGAAGAUCCUCGCGUGGGACUUGCUGCGCAUCCUGCCGGUGCUGGCAAGGGCGCGCGCGCGACUGAGCGCUGGAGGCCGUGUGAUUGACUUGCUCGACAGCGAAGAACGCGCCAGAGAUAAGGCACUUCCCUCCUUCCGCGAGCGACACCUCCGGAGCCUGCUCAAGUCUCAUGGCGGACACGCCGCGGCCUCUGACUCUCCUUCCGCGCGUCCUCCGCAGCCCGUCCUGACCCCUGGGCAGCGCGGGGCGUCUUCGUCUAUCUCUUCGCCUCCGCGCUCGUCGGCGCCUUGCGUCUCUCUCGCCUCCACGGGGCCUCGGCCGACGGACUCUUCCUUUUCUGACCCCCGCGCUUGCGCGCUGCUGACGGCGUUGCUCGACAGCAGCCGCUUGCUCUACGCGGACUUCUCCUUUCCGCUCGAGACUGCGCAGGAAGAUCUGCGCGACUUCGGCGCUUCGCUCCCCACACUCCUCGUCGACUUGCUGCCUCGAUCGCCGCGCGCCCGCGGAGACAGACGAGGUGACGGGGAGGGAGGCGGCGCCGCGCAUGCCGCAACCGCAGAGGAGAGAGGCGCGAGAGAAAGAGAGGCGGCGCUGCAGAGUUCGGCGCGCAGCAGCGCGUUUUUUUCGCCCAAGGGAUUGGCGGCCGAGACCCUCGAGCAGCUCGCCGCGCACCAGCGCACGCUGCAGAGCUUGCUCAGGAUCCACCCUGCCUUUGCAGAUUCAGGGACUUCGGCGCCUCUCGCCUCCGGCGCGGCAGGCGCCGCCUCGUUGUUUGCUUCGCCGCGCGCCUCAAGCGCCCUCUUGGAGUUCUCCGAAGAGGCGCUUGCGGCUGCGGGCGCGUCGCCCGCAACCUCGCUGCCGCCGGCGGUGCUCCUCCUGCGGGUACUGCCCGGUCCCCUCGCCUGUUUGGAGCCCGUGCUCGCGGCGCUUCUGCGGCACCCUGCGGCAGUCGCUCACCUUCUUCUCUCCUUCCAGACGCACGCCUUUCCCUCGCUGCGUCUCGUCGCGUGCGCCGCGUUGCACCUCGCGGCGCUGUGCCGCCCUGCGCUGCUCGGACCCGCGUGCACCGCGGCGGCGACCGCGGUCUCGCCGCUGGCUGGGCUGCUGAGCGUCGUGCAGCUGUGGACGAUGCUGCUGCACAUCCUCGCUCGGCGCCUGCACCAGGGCGUUCAGGGAAUGGCUGUGCGCGGGGGUGGAGGCGACCUUUCGAGCUCGGCGCACGCCCAGAGGGACGGCGAGGAGAGCGUCAGGAGCACCCUGCACCACCUGCUUCUGAUUCUUCGCGCCUGUCACGCGCUUUUUAUCGUCCGUGCCCCCGCCACGGGAGGAGGCGGUGCGCUGACUGCCGCGGGCAUCGGCGCCGUGGUGGCGCGCGACCUCUUCGCUCGCCUUUCUCCAGGCGAGGGCGAGGCCUCUUCGCGCGCGCCUCAGGGGCUUCAACACGAACAAGAUGACGGGAAAAAUAACGCGGAAAGGAACGAGAGGGCGGGCGGAGGCGGAGAAAAAACGCGCCGCGAGAGCGACGCGGCCGCUGCGCGCUGUCUGGGGUCCCUGACGGCCGUCGUCGAGGCGGAGUUGAGCGGGAGUGCCUACGACGAGGCGACCUGCCUGGCUGCGGGCCUCCAGGCGGAGGUGGCGCGUCGCAGAGGAGACGAACGGCAAGGAGAUAGAGAGGGGGGCGGGCAGACGCUGGACGCCAACCGGGAGCGCGAACCUGCGGAAGCUGAGGCCGACGGCGCAGACGAGGACAGAAGGCGAGAAGGGCAAGCGUGCAGCGUCGAGUUGCUCCUGGGCGUCGAGCCCUCCGUGCCAGCACUCGGCAUUCUGUUGCGCGCGCUGCAUGUCCUCGCCAGGCGUUUCGUCCAGCUGUGGACGCUCCUUCAGCGCCUGUCGCCUGUCCCGGGGGAUCCGCGCCACCCUCUCGGCGCCGAGGCUGAGCGGGCUGGCGCCGACGCGAAGACCCCACGCGCAGCCGAGCCGGGGCGGAGAAGCGGAGGGGAGCGAGAGGACUCUGCAGAGACGUGCGCAGAGAGACGAGGCGAAGGGGACGAGCCGCGGAAGGAGGCGGCACACGAGAUCCGCAGGACCCACACGGGCGAGAAGAGCUGGCGUCUGGCGCUUCCCUUGGAAGCUGCAGUCGUUGUCCUGGAGGCGUGGGAGACGUCGUUCCGCGAGCUGAGGAGCUUGGAAAUCCUCGUGCUUCGUGCCCUCCUUGUCGUUCUCUCGCUGCUUCACAAGGUUCUCCUCUCGCCAGCGGCUGCGGCGCUGUUCCGCGACGCGUCGUCGUUUGCGCCGUCGCGGCCGCCCUCGCCCUGCACUUCGUCGCUCUCCUCGCCCGCUUCGUUCUCCCCUCACUCCUCGGCGGCCUCGCCGGCGCCGCACACACGGCUCGGAUGGUGUUGGCUCCUCCGCGACGCGGCGCGCGGCGCGCAGCGACGCCGACGACAGCUCUCUGCAACGUGCGCACAGCUUGGGGCGGAGGCCCGCGAGCCUCGGCUGGCUUGUGCCGAGUGCCCUCUGGCGCGGCUGCAGGGAGACGCAGGGCUGCCGGAAACCUCGACGCGGCUCCAGCCUUCCGCAGGGGCGGACGAGGCGGAGCCGCGAGCCGCCGAGCGGCGGAAGGGCGGCGCGGAGGGAGCUGGAGGGGGCGUGCAGGCCUACGCGGAAAACGAGGAGCAGAGGAGACUGGAGGAGCGGUUCCUGGGGGGGGCAGCCUGGGCCUGCGAGACGAUUGCGGGUCUGAGCGAGGAGCUCGAGCAACUGCUGGGGGGCGACGGUCUCGCCGCCGAAAGCAACAUGGCGGACGGCGGCUCAAGCGGAGAAGUCGAGCCCCUUGCAGCCGCCGACGUCAACGAGGGCUGCGCGAGCGAGACUCGGGAGCCGCGAAAAGCGCACGCCGAGGGAGUCAUCGCGCCUCCUGCGGAGCGAAGCAGCGAUGAGGAGGGGAACGCGAAGGAGGUCGCGCGGCUGAGGAGUGAAAUUCUCGGCGGAGACGAGCGUUUCCAUCAGCAGCUGCGCGGUGAGCCACAGGCGCUGUCUGGCGGGCUUUCCGCUGCGGACUCGUGGAAGGACGCAGACCUUGAGGUCAUCUGCGUCUCCUCGGACUCAGAUGUAGAGAGCCUCGACGCCGAAAAGCCUCGACGCGCAGACGCCGCCUUCUCCGCGCUGGCGCUGUCGUCGCCCUCUGGAGACGAAGCGGAGACGCAGCUGUCGCCGUGGACCCCCGACGAGGCCCAGGCCGGUGACGCAGAGCUUGCGGCGGGAGACGCGAGGCCGCGUGACAGAAAGGCGGCGGGCAUUCGGGGGAGCCGCGGCGAGUCCGCGAGCAGCGCCUUCGCGUCUCCUCUUGAGAGCCUCAGCGACGAAGAAGAGACAUUUGAGCGCGCACGCCCCGCGGGGGCUCGCGCGCCGGCGCCGAGGCCCGACAGAGGAGAGGCGAACUGGGGCGACGGCGCCUGCAGGCGCGACGCAGAAGACGAGGCCCGCGACGCGGCGCCUUCUCCGCACGCCGUCGUGGAGGUCAUUCUCAGCGAUGAUGACGACGAAGGAGGCAGCGAACAGGAGGAGAAAACGGCGCGCAGGGCGGGGGGAAGCCCGCGGAGGGAUCGCGGCGUCAGCCUGAGAGCUGGGGACGACGGAGGAGCGCGGACAGCAGACAGCGAGAGACAGAAAGAGACAGAAGGUGUCGAGGGAGGAAGAAGUGCCGCGGCGGAGGAAAGCGGAGGGAGCCGCCUGUCGUCGCGCUGCAUGCCGCCCCCGGAGACGAGACAGAAGGACGCCGGAGUGGCGUCGAGCCGGACUGUCUGCUGCGCGUCCCCGCCCUCCACGUCCUCCGCGUCUGUCUCUUCGUCGUCGGGUUCCUCGGAGUCCUUGUUUUCCAGCGAGUCCUCGGGCUCGUCUCUCCCUUCCUCGCCCUCGCCCUCGCCCUCGCCCUCGCCCUUGCCCUCGCCCUCGUCUGUCGCGGGCUCACCUUUUGGCCCCGCGAGCCACUCGCCGCCUGCGAGCCGCGACGUCGGGCGUCUCUCAAAGCCCUCGGUCUUCGGUCCUGCGCGCGCGUCUCUUUCACUUCCGCCCGCGAGGCCUGCGGCGUCGGCGCGCGGCGCGCAGCCGCAGCCGAUGCUCGCGACUGGCAGCGGAGCUGCGCACGCCGGCGAGCAAAAGAAUAGCUCGCUCUCCGCGCCGCGUUCUUCGCCAGACAUGGCGAAGGUUGGCCUGGGCACCGCGAACGGUGCGCGCGGCUCGCCGUUCUCCUCUCUGUUCCCCUCGCCAGGCUCCGCGGCUGCGAGUUCCGCGCGCGCGGCUGCGUCUGCGCCGCAGAGAGGAGAGGACGUCGCGGCGUUGUGGGCGACGGCGGCGGCGGCCGAGAUGCUCCAUAGGAAGGCGCGCGACGAGCGCGUGGCCUGCGAGGCCCUCUGUGACAUGAAAAGGAGACAGGAAGAAGCCGUGAGGGAGAAGCAGAGGGCGGCGAAGGCGUCAGGGGCCGCCGCGCCGCGCAUGGAGACCGCAGCAGAGGCUCGCUUUCCCCCUCUGGGCCUCACAUCCGGCAAGCCGGGAGUAUACCUACCUGCUGCCGCCGCGCAGAAAGGCCGCGAGGCGUUUGAGAUGGUCGUUGCGGAAGGCGAGGCUACGAAGCGCGCGCGACCCGACUGCCAGGAGCCGGGCAGCAGCGGCGCACCGGGGCUGCAGGGCAAGGCUGGCGCGCAGGACAGAGAGGAGAGAGCGUCGUCGUCAUCUCGUUUGGCAUUUCGCUCGGAUCUGCGCUCGUCGUCGGUGCCCGAGAGGCGGCCUGCGUCGGGUGCCCCUUCUCGGGGGCCGUCCGCGUUGCCGGCGCAUUUGGCUGCGUCGUCGUCGCUGCCCUCGGUGCUCGCCGCCGCGGCGGUUCAGGCGGCUGAGACGCGGCAGCGCGCGAGGAGGCUGCUGCAGGCGCGACUGGACGGCGCGCUCCCGCCCUCUCGCAGAGACUGGCAGACGAAGGGGGCAGCACGUGGGGGGGGAGGACUCUGCGGACUGCUGCGGACUCACGGUGGCCGCGCGGCGGAUCGCGCCUCCGCGUCUUCUCUAGGCUUCGCCGCGUCGCCUGCGCUCCCCGCAGGGGGCUUCGCUCCCAAGUCGCGGCUGAAGGAGGUCGCUGGGCGCAUCGGAUUCGACGGUCCCGUCGUGCGCUACCGAGAGCGGAGGGAGGCGACGCACACUGGACCUGCAGACUGCUGCGCCGCGGAGGAGGGCGCGCCCGACGACGGCGACAAGCAGGGCGAGCGCGAGAGCUUGCGGCGCGAAGAAGAAGAGAAGCAGCGCGCGGAGUCGCGCAAAGCCGAGCAGAUUCGCCGAAUGCGCAUGGAACUUGAGCGCGGCCAGGAGAAAGAGGCUGCGGCGCCCGACGCCGCCGCAGCUCCCAAGCGACAUACCUGCCUCGCGCCCUCCUCAGGUCUUCGCCGAAGCUUUCUGCGAGGGCGGAAGCCUGUGGGCAUGCCGGCAGAGACGUGGAGUCGCGAGCAGCUGAAAGACUGGGUGCGGCGCGAGGUGGAAGAGGACGCGCGGCUGAGGCGCGACCGGGAGGAAGAGGUGCGGCGCGCAGAGCGUCGGCGGCGAGAGGAAGAAGAGGCGCAAAGAAAGCAGCUUCAGGAGCAGGAGGAGGCGCGGCAGCGGAAGAAGGCCCUCGAGCGCGCACGCGUUGUCGUCGAUGCAGACGCGGCCGUAGAUCAGUUCCUCUGGAGGCUGCUUCACGUGGAUGUCUUCGGCUUGGCGAGCGGUGACGAGGACGCGGUCCUGCAGAGGGAAAACGCGCGCGCGUCCUCAGGGAAAAGCUCCCCGCGCACGCCAAGCCCGCCUGCCGCGCCCCCCGCCGCCAGCGCGGACGGCGCGAACGGCGUUUGCAGAGAGUCGCCAGAAACUGGCAAAGUGGCAGGCGAGGGAGGAGCUUCACAGGGUGCAUGUACGCGCCAGACGCCGAAAUUUGGGUCGCCUGCGUCCGCGCAGAGUCCCCAACAGGCGGGGAGGGGCAACUUGGUGGCGCCGUUGCUUUUUCUCGAGUUGCUUCACCAGCUGAAGCAGGCGUUCUCGGAUCAGCCUCUGGAGCCGCGCAUGUGCGUGUUGGAGGAGCUGCGGCGCGAGGGCCCCCAGUGGACCCUGGGGCGCCUCGCCAUGGCGCGACUCUGCCCGCAGCUCGCCGCGUUCGCCAGGGCUACAUGUUCCCGCUCUCGCGGCGCGGGCAGCCGUCAGCGCAGCUUUUUCAACGAGGCGUGGCCUGACAGGGACGCCCGCGGGCGGGGGGACGAGCCGCGCGCGGAGCGAGAGGACGGAGACCGCGGGAACGGCUUCUUCCCCAACUUUGGUGUCCACGAGCUCCUCCUGCUGCUCCCCGUCGGCUCGGCCUACACUCGGUUGCUGCGGAGCCCAGAAGACCUGCGCGGCGGGGGCUCUGCGGGCGGACUUCAAGGCGCGGGAGACUGCGAGAGGCCGGAGAAAAGCGCCUCCUCCUCCGCGAGCCAAACAGGCGAAAAGUCUGGAGCGAGCCCGAGCGACGACCGCGACGACCGCGACGACCGCGAGGCUUUGGCGACGGAGACAGCCUCGACGCUGGAACACGCCCUCGAGGUCAUGCGGAGAUACGCCGGAAGAACCUUCGCCGACGUCGCGAAGGAGGAACUCAGAUCUUGGUUCCUCCUGGGCAUCGUCGAGCGCGUGGAGGAGGCGAGUCUCGCAGGAUUUUCUGCGACUGCAGGGGGGCGCGAGAAGGCCGGCGGCGGGCAGCUCGUCCUGCGGCUGCCGCAGCUCGUCAACUGGGACCUCGCAGAUCCAAGAGCCGCGCCGAGGCAUGGCAUGAAGCGCGUGCCGCUUCACCACGUCGCGCUGAACACCUCCUGGGUGGCGAUCUCGCUGACGCAGCUCACCACCGCUGUGAGGGAGGUUCAGGCGGUGUUUCUGAGCGAGCUCUCGCCGCGCUUUUCGUUUCUGUUGAACCCGACAGCGCCGCAGUCUUCCGCCCAGUCUGCCGCGCCGCAGUCUUCCGCCCAGUCUGCGGCGCCGCUCCUUCCGCCCCUCUCUUCUCUGUCGUCUCUUUCUUCAGCCUCGGUACGCGCCGCCUCUGCGGCUAGCGCGCGGAGCCCAGCCCUCGCGACGGCGUGGUUCAAGCAGGCAGUCGACCGGCAACUCAAGAGCGAACUUCUCAACGCCUCGCAGGCCGCGGCAGUUCGCGACGUGUUGACGUCGGAGACGAAGCUCGGGUUGAUUCAGGGGCCGCCUGGCACUGGGAAGACGAAGACGAUCCUCGCGCUUCUCUCAGUCCUAUACGGGCGUCUGCGAGACAACCAAGGCGCGCGCGCUGGACCCUCGGCGACUGUCGCCUCGCCGCCUGCGGGGCUCGGGAGCGCUUGCCGCGAAGGCGUGAAGAAGAAGAUUUUGAUCUGCGCGCCCUCGAACGCAGCGGUCGACGAGAUCGCCGAGCGCGUGCUCACGCAUGGCCUGUUCCACCCCAUGACUGGCGAAAAGCUCGCGCCGACCUGUCUCCGAAUAGGGAAUGUAGACCGGGUUCGCGAGUCGGUGCAGUCGAUCGCGCUGGACGUGCAGGUGAAGCGGCUGCGAGGGCUGCAGGAGAGUCAGUUGGAGACUUCGUUUCAGGCAUCUCUGCAGGAGUUGCGAGAGAAGAAGAAGGCAUUGAUUCAGCAGCACCAGUGCGUGCGGUUUUUAUCGUCUCGCGCGACGUCUUUGGAUCCGGCGCGGCUGCACUCGGCGGAGUACCUCGACGAGCUGGUGAAGGCGAUGCUGGCCUCGCCUUCAUUCUCCUCCUUUUUCUUGAGCGAGCCGAAGGACCGGGGCGAGGAGACGAUUCGCGAGCUCCUUCCGCCGCUCGCACGCCUGGGACUCUACGGCUUGAAAGACAUGCGCAGCACACUCGACGCGCAGCUCGAGGACGUCAACGCGAGCCUCGCGCGACUGUUCGAGACGCGCAGACAGGAGCGACCCGGGCUGCUGCCGGUCUGCAGGCAGCAAGUGAUUCUCUCGGCGGACAUCAUCUUUGCGACGCUGUCCUCCAGCGCCAGCGAGUGCCUCUGUCCCUAUACGCUCGCCACGGCCGGCGCCGCGGGCAACAGCGGCGCCCCUCUCCGCGGCGCUUCGCCCGCGCGCCUGCUGACCUCCACAGUCGCGCCGUCGCUUUUUUCCUCGCUGUCGGGCGCCUUCGCUUCGCCUGCCGGCUCAGCCGCGCUGCUGGGGGCGGGCGCCGGCGCGCGUCUCACGAAGGAUCAGAAGAUAGCAAUUCUCCAGGCGCAGUUCUGUGCGCAGCAGCCGCCCUUUUCGUACGCGUACCUGAUUGUCGACGAAGCGGGUCAGGCGAGCGAGCUGUCCUGUCUGAUUCCGCUGCGACUCGCGCCUGAGCGAUGCAUAUUGGUUGGCGACCCGCAGCAGCUGCCGUCGACCGUCUUCUCCUCGCUGGCGGAGAAGCGCGGGCUAGGCCGCAGCCUGCUUGAGCGCCUCAUGAUCUGCAUUGAGGAGGAGAAGCUCCUGCAGACCGCGGAGCGCAGGGCGAAGGAGGCGCGCGCCGACGUGGAGAAAGCGAGCGCCGCCGCGCAAAGCGACAAAGAGCGGCGACGAGACGCGCGCGGGGGAGCCGAGACGCAGGGCGAUGCGGACGCGCGCGACGCACAGACAGAGCAGGAAGCUUCGACGCGGAAAGCAAACCGAGAGAGGACCGAACCGGAAAGCGACGAGGAGGAGCGCAAGCGGAAACUGGUGCAGGGCGGCGUCUCCUUGGCCUUGGACGGCAAGGCAACGACUGAAAGGCCCGCCCUGAAGAUCAACCUCUUGGCCACGCAGUACCGCAUGCGUGAAGCAAUCGCGCGCUUUCCCGCAGAUGCGUUCUACGAAGGGCGCUUGAAGACGAGCGCGUCGGUCGCGCUGCGCCCCGAGCUUCCUUGCUUCCGGCUGCAUUGGCUGUUUGCGCCGCUCAAGUUUUUCCACGUGCCCAGCCUGGAGGACCGGUGUAGACGAGGCGCCUCGGGCUCGCUGGUCAACUACGAAGAGGCGCGUUUCGUCAUCAGCCUGCUGCGCACGCUGUACGUCCAUUUUUGCCAGAAAACGGCGCAGGCGGCGGCUGCCGGGGCUGCUUCGCCGUCCCCCGCGCACAAGCUGAGCGACGUGAGCAUCAUCACGCCCUACAGACAGCAGGUGGCGCUGCUGCAGCAGUUGCUGGCGGAGGACUCCGUGCUGAGAGCCGCGCCGCAGAAGCCAGAAAUCAACACAGUGGACGCAUUUCAGGGCCGCGAAAAGGCGAUCGUCAUCAUCUCCUUCGUCCGAGCCGCGAGUCCCGCAGCGCUCGCGGCGCUCGCGGGCACCCCAGAGGCAGAGGUACGCGCGGAGACGUGUAAGGCCCGCCCGCAUGCGGAGGCAAAAGACGCACCCCCUGCGCGUGCUUCGUCGAAUGGCGAACCCGAGGCCAAGAAGCCGCGAAUCUUCCCGCCUCCAGUCAUUUGGGACUUGCCUGCGCCAAUGCCUGCAUCGGCGUCCGCUGCCUCGAGUGCCUCUGUGGCGCCGCCCACAGCGCAGGCCUCUUCGGGGCUCGGCUCCUUCGCGACGCUCGGGUUCGUCUCAGACUUUCGCCGGCUGAACGUGGCGCUGACGCGCGCGCGCGACGCGCUGUGGAUUGUCGGCGACGGCGAGACGCUGCAGACGCACCCGAUGUUUCGACGCCUCCUCGCCUUCAUCCAAGGCCUGCCUGGCGACGCGUACAUCGACGUGCGACGGCCCCCGGAGCGUCUGCGGCAGGCGAUGGCGGCGCGGGAGGCGCGGGCGCGGAGCCACGACGAGGGCCUGCUGGAGCGGUUCAUCAGCGCGGCGACGGCGGACUUCAUGCAGCUGAAGGCGCAUAUGUCCGCCUACAAAUCCAUAAUUUUUGAAGAUUAG